AUGGAAAGCGUGGCGGGUGUGGGCGCGGAGUGUGUAUCACUGAGAUGUAAAUAUACUGAGAGCCUCGGAAAUGUAGUUUUCCUGGACGAGGCUGAUAGAGUCGUCGGUGGUGAGGACACGGACACCAAGAAGCCAGUGGGGGCGGCCGAGAUCUUUACAACUAAAUUCUUUGUGAAGUAA